AUGCCUUCAUCUUCGUCGUCAUCAUCACAACCAAAUGUUUCCCAACACUUGAAAAAGUUUUAUAAUUUGCUUCGGGAUGGAGGAUUGAUUGGAUUACCACCCUAUGAAAAGGUUCAAUUCAACCGCGUCAUCAUCAAAACAAAUAAUACUAGUAGCUGCAAUAGUUAUUCAAAGAAGAACCGAUCGGGAUCAUCGUCAAGUAGUAGCACCAUGAAUCUAUCAUCACCAUUUGAAUCCAUUAAAGCGUUACGAGUGAAGGAUGCGAUGGAAUUGAGAAGGCACAUUGAGAAGGAAGUUGCUCGGACCAGUAAACGAGAAAUUGAAAACUUUUGCUUUGCACUCGAGUCCAUGAUUGCCGAUGAGUAUUUCUUUUCCUUGUGUUUGAUUCCUUUCGAAAGUGGAGAAGGAAAUGUCAGCUUCUCUUCCAAUGAAUCCUUUUUCAAAAUGCUUCUCAAUAUUUCAACCAUUCAGAGUAGUAUUUUUGAUGUCUUAUUCAAAGAGCUCAUGUCCAGAUGUCCCAAUUACGAGGAAGACUCCUUCGAACAAUGGGAUCGAAAUUUACCCAAGCUCAUUCUUUCACAAAUGCGUUGGUUGGACAUGAUUUCAGAUUCCAAGUCAUUGACAGAGCACAUUGGAACCAUUUUAGAGGUUGCCUCUACUGAUUUUGCAAAAGAAAUGAUUACUGCAAUUCCUGAAAUUAUUGAUGACUCGGAACAUGAUCAUAUCGUCGACAAGCUCGAUCAAGUCAUGCAAGACAAAACAGAAAUGACAAGUUGUGUGAUCGAUGCCUUAUCAAAUCUGAAUUUACAGAAAGAGGUUAUGGACAAAACAACAGAACGAGUUUUGGGAAAUUUAAAUUCAGCCUCGACCGACGACUUACCUGUAAUUAUCAAAUUUUUACUUCAAUCUGCAAAUGAGGAAAAUAUAUCAAAUGUGGUUGAUGGAAUAAGGAAGGAUCUUGAUGUUUCAUCAUUCACAAUGCAAGACGACACUCAAGAUAAUGACGAAAAUCAUGAUCACUCGAGUCGAAAGAAUAAGGGCAAAGGUUCAUCAGAAUCGCGCUGUGAAUCGCUCAUUAUUAGUGCCAUGGCUACUGGUAUUAGACAUCGAAAAAUUAUUGAGAAGAGUUUUAUUCAAGCCAUAUCAGCCUGCGAAGAAGAACAUACCAUUGUGGAUUUGUGGAUUCUUUUUUCAAUUUAUUCAAUGCCAAACUAUAGAAAAGAUGCAGAGCAGGUACUAAAGAAAAAGAUCAAAACAAAACGAAUUACAUAUGAACUCUUAAAAUCUUCAAUCGAGAAUCAUGGAGAAGCAUUGGAACAAUAUUUUUCCUCCCUCAAUGAUUUGGCUAGUAGCUUACUCAGAAACACAACUGACACCUCCAUUUCACAAUUUGCUAUGGAAAUGUAUUUUUGCAUGUUUUGCUCUUUCAAAGCAGACUACAACAAACAGAAGGUCAUUCAAUCUCUCAUUACACAUGUAGGAAGUAGCUCGAAAAACGAAAAGGACUUGGCACUUGAUGUUCUCUUAAUGAUUGCAAACUCCAAGUUAUCCUUAUUGAGAAAUUACUCUAGCUUUUUCCAGGUUCUGUUAGACUCUCUGACCAAUCUCACUGAUGGUCAAGUGAGAAAAGUCUACACUCUUUUUAGUAUGCUUGCAUAUACCAAAACGUUGAAAAAUAGUACCCAAUCAGGUGUGACUAAAUCCACCAAGGACGAAUUAAUGAUAAUUAUCAGAAAACAACUCAGUAAUACCAACACUGUAUAUAAGAAGAUGGGAAUCAUUGGAGCAUGCUCGGUGCUGUCAAUGCUUGGCUCGAGAAGUUCCGAAUUUCAAGCGCUGUCACAAGUGAGUGAUCAACAAGAUUUAUCCGAUGAGGAAUUUGAGGAAGCCAAAGACUUGUGGGAGUUUGCUCUCAAGUGCUGUUUUCGUACACCUAUUUUCAAAACCAUUCUUUACGAUGAAAUGACCUUUGUAAUUUUAGAUUCCUUAGAUCCUAAAUUGACAGCUGAAAUCAAGAAUCGAUUACUCCAUGAUUUUUACCAAAGAUGUACCAUUGAAAAACCAGACCUUAAAAAACAGAAAAGUCAAACAAGGAACCUCGAGUAUAGAGCUCAAUUUAUUGUGCAAGGAAAAAACAAAGAAGACCCAACGCAUCUCAUCAAUAUUUUACCAUUACUCGAUAAUAAGAGAGAUGACACCCACGAGAGUGUGUGGAAUUUAUUUUCGCAAUUUAGGCUCAUGAGAGUGUUGAUGAAUAAGCUGGGAGAGGAGUUGUCUGAUGAUUUGGUUUCUUCUGGAGUUGUGUUAUUUGAUCAUGAGGAUAUGAUUACCAACUUUAGAGACUAUACUAAGAAUGAAAAGGAUUUGCAUCCAACGUUCCAUUUGCCACAUUUCAACUUGCUAACACAACAAGAGGUUCCAGAAAGCGUCACUUCAAAAAAGACAUCAUCCAAAUCCAAAAAGAAACAACCCUCUGCUGUCCCAGAAGAUGAAGAAGACAAGGAAGAAGAUGCAAUGGAAGACGACGAAGAGAUGACGUCAAAAUCUUCGAGUACAAAGAACACCGAGUAUUCAUCAACACCAACCAAACGCAAGCAUUUAUCACCUCUCAAACCUCACUACAGAGAGCUCGACCUGAAAGUCAUUCACAUCAUUCCAAAGAACGAGAAUUGUGAAAAGAAAAUUGAGCCCGUACAUUUAUUCUACAUUUUAGAUGAUUUGCACCAAAAAUUGAAGAGUGUGAUUGCAAGAAAUAAGGUUUCUUUCUUUACUUCCAAAGAAAAAGAAAACAUGUAUAAUUUAUCAAGAAUAUCUACCAAAGAGUUCUUUUCUGAAAUUUUUGAAUUACUGCCUCAACUUUACAAACAAAUAAGAGCCAUAUCAGACAAAAGUGCUAGCAAUGACAGUAGUUCACAAGCAGUUGACGAAGAUGAAGAGUCAACAAAGAACGGUGAUUUCAUAGUACCAUCAUUUCAAUUAUUGGUUGACAUUAUUACCAAAACGUUGGAAUAUUUUUCGAGCGACAAGUUGGAAUUUUGUAAAAUAAUUGACAUUAUGUUUAGUGUGGACUUUCCUGAUGAAGAUCAUUCGAUGGAGGAUGAAGACAAAUGCACAAAACUUUUCGAAUCCAUCAGAAAAAUACUUGACUCUCUAAAAUCGUUUGAGUCCUGUUACAAACUCUAUGAAUUGCUAAAAUCAAUAGCACUAGUUUCUAAUAUCAAAAGCCUCCUAAAAGCAUUGCAAGGAGUUGCAGAACAGAUACUCCAAACUCCAUUCUCGCAGGUCAAAUCUGACGCUCUAGGAAAUUUGAUUGAAGGAUACAUUACCUUGCCAGGUGGUUUGACACCUCUGGUAGAAGCUCUUUCGAAAAAAGCUAAGUGA